UAAUAUAUAUGAGAGAACGAAAAAAAUAUAUUUAGCUUAACACAGAUUGGGUCAUGGAAUCAUUUCGUUUAAUUGAACCUGGCACCAUAAACAAUACAGAAACACAUAACCAAGUGCCAGGGAACUUUAAUAAUUGUAAGGAAGAAAAGCUUGGACGAAGAGAAAGUGUUUAUUAUGAAACAGGAAAAACAACUCCGAAUUCAACAGAUGAUAACAGUUAUGACCAGGAGUCAGAAAUCUUGUCUACAUCCGGACAACAGACAUCAGGGAACUUAAAAUCAAUAUCUUCACAAGCUGCUAGACAAUUUUCGGCUGAUGUGAAACCUCCAUAUUCAUACAUUGCCUUAGUAACGAUGGCAAUUGAAAGUGCGCCAACAGGAAUGAUGUCGUUAAAUGAAAUUUAUCAGUUUAUAAUGAAUCGAUUUCCAUAUUAUCAAAAAGACCAACAAAGAUGGCAGAAUUCCGUAAGACAUAACCUUUCUCUAAACGAUUGUUUUAUUAAAGUUCCACGUGCUGCGGGACGCCCAGGAAAGGGAAGUUAUUGGGCAAUUCAUCCAGAUUGUAAGGAUAUGUUUGGCAAUGGCAGUUUCCUGAGAAGAUCAUCACGUUUCAAAAAGAAUAAAAAAUCAGACGACUACAGCAAAAACCCGUUUGGUCACCUGUAUGGGUCUCAUUCUGCACUUCCGGUUCCACCGCCAUUACAUUCUCAUCAAUAUCCAUUUACAGCUGAUACAAAUGCAUUUAAAUGGACGCCAUUUUCAGGAUAUGCUCCUCAAACUCAAAGUGAACAUUCUCUGAAUUCUGCAUUUGGUACAAGUUUUGGACAGCAUGUCGCUGCACCGUUCAGCCAUCCAAUGUCAUCAAGUACCGCAGAUUCAUAUUAUUCGCCAACCUAUCAGACUCUUUCUUCGUCGCCGUAUAGUGGAUCAUCGCAUCAUUUUGGACACCAGAGACUCUAAACAAUUUCAAUGUGCAGUUGCCGUUAAAAAAAAUUAAGACAGGUGGGUGUAUCAGCAAAAGAUUUUGUGCAAUAGAAAUGCAUUAUUUCUGAAAGAACAUUUGUAUUCAAAUCAAAGAAACAGUGUUUCAUUUAUCACAUGCGAACAUACUCAUCUUGGUAAAUUGUAAAAAUGCUAUUAGCAAAAAUAAAAAUAUUAAGUUCAA